CGUUAUGUUAAUAAAUAAUAAUUAGACAACACUGAACUCCUGUCUUUAUAUUUUGCAGAAAACAAAUGGAUUGACAAAUUGAUUUGUCCUUUUAUCAUCUCAAUCGUGUAAGAAACGUGUAUACAGUUGUAAAGUCGAUACAUUAUAUAGAAUACUCAACAGCUCAACAGUAGAAUAGAAACGUCUUUUACAAAUUGAUGAUCAUGACAUAUCGGUGUAAUCAGUUAGAUCCAUAUUUCCUGAGUGGAACAUGUACUGAAAUGUGAAUUUUAUUUAGCAGGGGAUGACAUAGACCAACAACAUGAACAAUACAACGUCGAAUGUCUCCAAUCUGGGUCAAUGUGAUCAACCAAUCAAUGACUUGUUUGCGUAUGCGUGCGUAUAUUAUACAUUGCAUGGUUACCUAAGUUUGGCAAUUUGCUGUUUCGGAGUUCCUACAAAUUUGGUGAAUAUUAUAAUACUUACAAGGAAGAGCAUGCGUAACCCAAUCAAUAAUAUAUUAACCGGCAUUGCCAUCUCAGACGCCAUAACUAUGAUGUCUUACAUACCAUUUGCAAUUCAUUUUUACAUACAGCACGGCCUUGAACGAACACCAGCCAAAUAUACAUUCGAAUGGACUUGGUUUCUCGCCGUUCAUUUUAACUUGAGUGUUACAACACAUAUGAUUUCAAUAUGGCUUGGAGUUUGUAUGUCAAUUGUGCGAUAUAUCUACAUAAAAUCUAUGGGAAUAGGAAAAAUAAAUAUUGACCAAGCAAAGUCGGUCAUGCUGGUGGUCAUGGUAUUUCUGAUAUCCAUACUGUUUUGUAUACCAAAUUAUUAUAUCACAAAAGUACAAAUAACUGCAGGAUCGGAUAAGGUAUACAUGCUUGAAAAUUUACGUUUAGGAGAACAGGAUAUGCCUUGGAUAGAAGCAUUAGCUGCUUGGAUAUUUAUUUUGAUGGGGAAAAUAGGACCUUGUAUACUUAUAACAAUAUCUGGAAGCCUUCUUUUGUACACAUUGCACAUAAGCCAAGAGCGAACCAAAGCACUGAAAGGAGCUCGAGUUGAAGAACGCAUGCGAACUCAUCGACGAACAACAAUUAUGCUACUGGCUAUUAUAUGUAUGUUUAUUGUGGCUGAACUUCCCCAGUCAAUCUUACUUUUGAUUGGCAUUUUCAAAGAAAAUUUCUUCAAAGUGGAAUAUGCUUUGUUAGCAGAUACGAUUGAUAUCUUAGCACUCAUUAAUAAUGCGACUAACUUCAUUAUGUAUUGUGCUAUGAGUAGACAAUUUCGUGAUAUACUCUUUGAUAUGACAUGCAAAUAUUUACAUAAUGGCGAAGAUGCUUCUUACAGUCACGUUAAAGCAAUUCAGACAAAAACGUCACAUGUCCAUGUAUAAAGUAAAUGGCUUGGGAGUGCUGGUUGAUAUUCAACAGUAAUUGAAUCUUACGUGCAAAAAACAAUUUGAACAUGUGACAAUCUUCUGCAUAAUGCGCAGUAUCAGGUCAAGAAUGCGAGGAUGAAAAGUAUAAGUUUUUGACAGCCGUUUACAAAUUCUUCAGUGUUUUCAACGAUUAAACAUACUAUUAAACUUUACUAAUGCAGAAACUUUUUCAGGAUUAAGCAUUAGAUUCCGAUAUCAAUCAUCACUGUCGUUCAUAAGGAUAAUAGUUUCGAUCACUGCCGUCACACCAUUAACCAUUUGGCCGUUGCAAGGUACAGGAUUUUUUAGAGUUACGUGGUUCGUUAUGAGUUACAGAUAACAAUACUGAGACAUAAGCUAUUGCAAAGUGAAUGGAUUUUUAAAGGAUUUGUUGAAAGUUUAUGUCAUAAGUUUAAUUCAGUUGGUUGAUACAUAGCAACGUAACAUAAAUUUUGUUGUUUAUAUUGUUUCGUUUCAUUUGCUGCUAUGGUUUUCAUUGUAAGAAAUAAACAGCAGUAGAAUUAAAAAAUCCAAUACCAAUCUACUUGA